UUAGAAAAUGCUCUUUUCAGUAUAUGAGCAAAAUUAUUAAAAUACAAACAUUUAACUUGUGUGUGUCGCUUAAUAUUGUGCAAUAUGCAUAAUUAGAAAUAAAACUUAGGAAAUAUGUGCAUGAAUAUUUAGAAAUGUUCCAUGCAAACAUUUUUCAUUUAUGUCAUUAUUUUUAUCUAUAUUCUAUUCACCUUCAAUGUGUGCAUAGUACACAUUUAUCUAUCCAAUUUAAAUUAGUAAGAAGCUACAUAUAAUAAUGGUUGUGUUAUUUAAAUGUAUGAAGAAAACCAACAAGUAUUAUCCUACGAUAAUCGUAUCGCCUUUUUGGUUCCAUUAACUCACAAUGGUUGAACGGCACCGGUGUGACCCCAUUUUCUAAUUAUGGAUAAGUUUUGUAAGGCUAUCCGCUUCCAACAUGUCGCUCGCAGGUUACUAUUAACUUAGCAUUAAGUAACCGUUUAAUUUUUUCGGCGGUUUCUUAUGCCUUGACAUUUCAUUUGUUUUGUUCUUGACCUGUAAAUCUAGAUAUCUCGGAAACUCGAAGUUGAGUUUGAGUUUGAUAACAUUAAACGCUCAAAGACGUUAUUAUUUAUUUAUCAUACAAUGACACAAAAUAUUUGAAAAAUAAAAUGAUUUUUUGUAGAUGUUUUUUGUGAGUAAUUCUUUCUAAAGAUUUGAUCUUCCGUUUUCUGAACUAAAGUAGGUAGGUACCCAACUAAACAGACGCCGGACGAGUGCAAGAUAAAUAUGCUAUAUAGCUGCCUCGACAAUUAAAUCACUUCACAAGUCGGGCCAUUUGGGUCCUGCCCACACGGCGAGCUUGUGAUAAUGUUCUCUUUGGAUUUGUCGCUUAUUUUAUAGGCAAGACGCAGUUUGGUAGGACGUUUAUUUGGAAACGGUUUAAAUUUAGAAUUUCCGCUCGUCCCAAGUUGGACGCAAUGCGUUCAGUGCGUUCCCGGCUUGACAUGAGUUCGUUGAUAUUGUGAAAGGCAUGUAAUAUUGUGAAGUUUGUUAAUUUUUUGUGCAAGUGACAUAUCUAGUUGUUUUGAUAUACCGUUAUCUUCGGAUUUGUUUGUCACUCCGAAGCACCAGCCUGUUGAUCGAGACACGUGUCCAGAACAUACGUGUAAACGAGACGAUGCGAGCAUUCGACGCGCGCGUGUGAUAAAAAUCGAAUGCAAAAAUGAUUAAAAGGAAUGGUGAUAAUGUGUUUGCGAUCGCGUCGAGCAACAAUCAGUGUCAAGGCGCGCGGAGUGUCGUCUCGCUCACUCCCGGCUCAGCCACGAGGAUCCCUCGCGCCACUGCCGCCAGGAUGACGCCGCCCGACGCGCACCACAACACUAAGGAGGCUAACAUUGCACUUUCCACGUACGUUGAAAAAUGGAAGAAUAGAUACGAGGAAUCUGAAAGAAAACAUAAGACGUACCUCCUCAAGUCAGAAAAAGCAAGGCGGGAGUAUGACGACCUCCAACGACGUCACAACAUACUCCAGGAAGAGAGGAACCACCUCGAGGCGGAGGUCAGAGAGAGGGAGAGGGAGCUGACCAAACUGAAGAAUGUCUCCGAGAAGCUGUUCCUGGAAUAUCAGCAGCUGAAGAACCAGCAUGAGGUGGAUGCUGGCGUUAUGCAUAAGGUUAUGCAGCAAGCAGGUGAAUGGUACAAACAGAAUAAGCAGCUCAAACGACGCAGUACGGUGCUGCUGCAGGCGUUGCCGGCGAAGUCACUGGACAUCGACCUCACCGACUCCACUGAUACAGCAUCAGACGCGAGCAGCAACGAAGAGGUGGAAUUUCUGAAGCAGACAGUUUCAGAACUCAGCAGACAGAUAGCGGAAUUGCAGACGGAACUCAGUACCGCCAAGUUGCACGAGUUUGAAGCGCACGAGGCCAAUGUUGCGCUCGCGCAGGAAUUGGAGACAGAACGGGAGAAAAGCACCAUUCAACAGAAAGAGUUGGUAGAUUUGCGAGGACAGUUGGACAGGCAUCACCGCGUGUCCAAACUACUCAUGGAUGAGGUCACUGCCCUCAAGCAUCACGCCGAUAAGGACCGGGAGAUAGCAGAAACGUAUAAAUCUGAGGCCCGCGACGCUAAGAAGCGAGUCAAACUGCUGACUCACCAGAGCACUCUUCUGAUGGGAGAAUUGGAGGCUGAUGAGAGACUACUUCUACUCCUGAAUGAAGUGGACAGCCUCAAGGAUGCCCUGGAAGACCAGGCUGAUAGGCACCAGGAACAGAUAGAGGAACUACAGUUAAAACUUACUGAAAAACACGAAGACACAGACAUUAUACUGUGGGAGGAGAAGAUAAAAUUAGCGGAAGAAGACGCGCAGAAAGCCCUAGAACGAGCCGAGAAGGCGGAGAGAAAGCUAUCUGAGAUAGAGAAGAAGUUAGCCGAAGAUAGAAAGCCGAAGAGAUCGAACCUCAUGUCCAGGAUAAAUUAUUUCGAGAGCGGGGGUGAAGCUAAACCGGAAGUUAAGGAGGUCAAACCAGAAGAUACAGCUGUGACACCACAAUCUACACCUGUCGACACAGAACCUUCCCCCACAAUCCCUCCUAUACCUCCCCCUCCACCCACUUCCUGCCCCCCGCCCCCUCCCCCUCCCGCGCCGCUAUCUUGUUUACCUCCCCCUCCUCCACCGCCUCCACCGCCCCCGGCAGUGUUUGAAGUCUGCCCUCAAGAGAAUAUGGCGCAAAUGUUGGCCAACAAACAAGGGACGCUGAAGAAGACUAAGCAGAACGGCGGUGGGGCGAUAGACGCAAUAGUCGAUCAAAUCAAAGGUGGCAAGUUCCAUCUCAAGUCCACCGAUCAAAACUUCAUGGAGCGAAGGCCUAAAGACGACCAACCCGAAGCGGUGAAGGAAAUGCUCGCGAUAUUGGGAACUCUAAGGAAAAGGAGGAGCGUGAAAGGACCGGAUUUGGUUCCUGGGGAGACUGAUUUUUGACCGGUAAGGAGUGUUUUUGAGUGACAACUAUUUUUAUUUUUCAGGUAACAGAUUACCACAAAGAACUGAAAUUAAAAAUACUUUUUUAGACGCAAUGAAAUAAAACAAACAACAGUGCUCACAUUAUGUAAACUUUUAUUAAAUCACAACUGUAAGAAAGGCGCCUGAAAGGAUCCGCAAUGCCAAGAAUUAUGUAAAAUAUAUUUUUAAACCCGUUUAAAUGUGUUUUGUUAAGGGCUUUUUGUAAACUUGCCAUAUACAUAGCAUAGUGAAUUUACCACGUUGAAAAACCAUAUAAAAUUAGCCAAAGUUUAUGUUAACUGUAUAAAUUAAAUUUGCUUCAUGACAAGAACAUACAGCCUCACAUUCAGUUACCACAAAUUGACAAUCUUUCUCAAUCUAUUGCGAAUCUUAUAUCAGCCUCCAUAAAGCUCAAACUUGUGGAUAAGAAAUAUAACAGUUUUGGCUAACUUGACCUGUUUAACUACUUCUGAACACGUUACCAAAAUAAAUUAAGGGACAUAUUAAAACGAGCUUAUUUACACACAAUUUAUACGAUUUAAUAUAAAGUAUCAAAUUUAAUAUUGUAUAUAGAUAUUAACAUUUUGAUAUGGGGUUUUAUAAAAGACAUACGUUUUUGUCUGUUUUUUUUUUGCGCUACGUAUAAACGUCGUAUAUUAUUGUUAUUUAGCUCAUAAUCACUUAUUAUCAUUAACUAGGUAAUUAUCCUAAUAGCUACUACUUAGGUACAUGUACUGGACGGAUAUAAUGAAAUGAUUACUAUUUUGAACGAAAAGCUUGCUUAGCGUACCAUUUAUUGAAGCAUUUAAAUUUAACAUUUUACAAACAAACUAGGUACUAACGUUAGAUAGAAUAUUUUUUAUUGAAUAUACCUAAUUCGUAUUCUCAUUCAAACUGAUGCUAUAAACUAUAAAUUGUAAGAUGAACUUUAAUUAAAAUUCUUGAAGGUUCAUUUUUAAUCGACAAAUACAUCAUUAUGAAAUUUGUGAUUCCCGAUAAUUUAUUAAAUCUACGAUAUGUAAGUAGAUUUAAUGAUAGUAUUAGACAAAAAUAUUUUUUAUAUAUUCCGAAAACAGCUAUUGCAUACGAUGGUUAAGCAUGAGUAUGAGGUAAAUAGUUAAAACCUGUCAAUUUUUUACUGAUAAAAUAAUGAUAUUAAAAAAUUAGAGACUGCUCACCGUUUGUUAAUAAAGUGUCUGAUUUUAUUAAUAUAAAUAGCUAAAAUGUUAUUUUUGGAAGAAAAUGGAAUUGUUUUUUGCUAUACAUUAAAUCCACUUUUUGUACACAUUAUUUAUAGAGGGUAGUGACAGAGUUAGCUCGAUAGAUUUAAUCCAUAAUGCUCCCACACUUGCGAGACUAAGGUUCGGGUGUUUGGUACUAAAAUGCGCUGAAAUCAUCGUUCGAACUUUGUAGGUGCGCUCCUUCAGCACAUACAAAUUUAUCGUUUUGUCAGUCAAGCUAUCGUCUAGCCUCUAUAGACACGCUGUCCGCUAAUUCAUUAGGACAGAACUAAUUCAAAUUUCGAACGCAAAUUUUCGCUCAUUUUGUACCAAAGCCACCCGAAGCUUCGUUGCGCAGAUGUGGGAGAAGCAUGAGAUGAUAACUUAUGCAUGGUCAGUCCAUAGACGAGUUUCUCAGCUAGUGGUAAAACAUAGUCUAAAAUUGUCGAGUGUGAUUCAACCGAAUUUCAUAUAAAUUACUAAACUUUGUCCCCCUUAUUUAAAAAACAAGGAAUAAGCUUAGUAUAGUUACGCCGUGUUUUGUUCAUGUAACUUAAAUAUCAUUUUUCAUUCAAAUGAGAGAGCCAAAACAUGGAGUAACUAAUCCAAGCGUAGUCUUCGUUUAUUAAUACGGGGGUAUAUGGUAUUAUAUACUAUAGUUGUAAAAAUCCUUAAUAUAAGGGUUUUUUGGAAGGAUAAAUUAUAACAUUUGUCUCACGAAGUGCCUCACCGUACCUGGCUAUGUAUUUAUUUUUAAUAAGACAUAAAUAAUCAUGUCAAUUAAUCACGAGUGCCAAGGAAUUACUGCCAAUUUUUUUUAUAGAAAAUAUUAUGUUAAUGAUUUUAUAAAUAAAAGAAAAAUGCGAUGGAUUUACUGUAUCAAACUUGCGUAUGGUAUUCCUGAUUUUUGACAAUUUUAAAAAUAUAUGAUCUCGUUUGUAAAAUGCAUUUAAAACAUUAAGUGUGAGUUGCACCAACUUACUUUAACGUUAACUGACAUGUCAUAUUAAAGUUGUAGUAAAAUUUUACCUUAACUAGCUCUGUGGUGCAACUUACACUAAAAUGUUGUUCUAAAUUUUUUUUUCCAGUUAAGUAAAGCUAAUAAGAUUGUGUUACAAAUGGUAUUGUAGUACUUAUAUGGUCAAGUCAUUGUUUAUGUGGCAUCUUAAUUUUAUUUCAUGACUGUUUUAAAAUUAUGGUUACUAUCAAUAGUUAGUAUGGUAUAUGCAGUAUUUAAUUUUAAAAUUCUUUCUUUAGUAACAUGAUUUACAUUACUGAAUGGUACUUCGGAAUAUAUUAUUAAUAUUUGGAAUUUAGUUUUACGUAUUUACUUCUUUUAAGUAAAUACAUAUUUACAUAAAAGUAAUUCCGAAUCCAAAUUAUUACAGUUUUACAAGAUUUUGGAAUACUCUACCAUUAAACAAAUAAGACUUUAAUUUAUUUGUUGUUAUGCCAAGAAGAUUGUGGUCUCCCAUUUUUAAGGGUAAUCACAUGAAGUUAAUCACUUUAUUGGUGUAAAACUAGUAUGAACUAUUAAAUUUUAAUGUAAGGAAUUUUCGCCCAUAAGUGUUUUAGAGAUCUAACUUUAACAAUAUUACACAGCGCAAUUUUACUGUAUGAUAGGUAAUUAACAUAUAUAAUAUCAUAUAAAGUUAUAAAUAAAUAUUUAUUACCAUAUCCACAAUAAUUUAUAAGACUUGUUACAAUCAACGAUUUUGUUAAAACAAACGUAUGUUCUUUUUUCUAUUUUGUGACUUAAUUAUUAUUAAAGAUUAUUGUUUUGAUCUGAAUACUCUAAAAGUUAGUGUUUUACGAAAUUCAAUCUUUGUUAUUGUUUACUCUGACAUGAAUAUUAUAUUAAAUAAGUUAAUUAAUGUUAAAAAUAAAAUGAUGCUCCCAGAGAGGGUAUUUUAGGAAUUGACAGCAUAUUAUCAAAGUUACCGGCGGUGCCAUUGCUUUCGAUCGUAGAUAUCUUAUCAAAAUUGAACGAGCAUAUAUAUUUAAUUCAAUGUAAAGUAUUAUUUAGGUUGUAAGUUUAGUUUUUUUAUGUAUUAGCAAUAAAUUUACUUUUAUACUGUAAUGUGUGUUUAAUGGCUGUUUUGAUUUUUCCUACAUCUGUAUUUGGUGUGUACCGUGUAAGUAUAAGAAUUACUGAUUACUUUACAUAUUAAAUAAUUCAGACUCGUAUGCAUCAUCAAUUCAUUCUGCCUAAAUAUAUUGAACAAGAGAUUUAGUCUAAAACCACAUUGUUGGUGUUAAGCUAGUAGACAAUCUAGAAGCUAUAGUCUAUAUAUAUAUAUAUAUAUAUAGUCUAUAUCUAGAGACGUCAUUUGCAGUAGAUAUUAGGACUAUGACCAACUGCGAUUAUAACCGGGUUCCGUUUCAGUGAACCUAGGCACUUCCGAUGUCCCGUUUACAUGCAGCUUAUUCACGCGGUAACCAGCAGGGGUAUGGCCACAAAGUAUGUGCGUGUGGACUGAGUGAUCUUUUCAAAAAACUCAUCCAAUCACAACCAAAUUAUAAGAGGAUUUAGGAAAUAAUUGUGAAAACUUAAUGGUAAGGUAUAAAAUUUGUGAAACCUAAACAAAGAAAGUUAGAACUAAUUAACUGGAUCACUCAAUCUG